UAAGGCAGAAAAAAUUCAAUAAUAGAAUGCCUACAACCACAACAAUGUCAAUACAAAGUGAAAAUUGCAUCUAAUAUUAUUUUAUUAGUAUAAAAAAGAGAAAAAAAAAACCAUAGAAUAUUAUUUUAUUGGUAUUAAAAAAAAGAAGAAAAAAAACUAUAGAGAGAGCAUAUGAUUAUAUGAUUAUGAUGAUUGUGUUGGUUGGCAUAAUCGAAUCGGCGAAGCUAAGAUGUGUAUAGCGGCGUUUCUAUGGCAGACCCAUCCACUCUACCCCUUCUUUCUCUUGCUCAACAGAGAUGAAUAUCACACCCGGCCGACUGAGCCACUGGCAUGGUGGAAUGGAGACGAAAUCUUGGGUGGGAAAGAUGGACUAGCAGGGGGGACAUGGUUGGCUUGUGCUAGAGAUGGUAAGAUAGCUUUUCUAACAAAUGUUCGAGAACUUACUUCGCUUCCACAAUCCAAAACCAGAGGAGAUCUUCCACUUCGUUUCUUACAGAGCAAGAAGAACCCAGUGGAGUUUGGGGAGGAACUUGUGAAAGAGGCAGAUCACUAUAAUGGAUUUAACCUUAUUUUAGCUGAUAUAUGUUCAAAGACCAUGGUUUAUGUGACCAAUAGACUCAAAAACGAUCAAAAGUAUGUGACCAUUGUUUUGCCUGGGAUUCAUGUGUUGUCCAAUGCAAGUCUAGACACUCCAUGGCCAAAGGCUCAACGACUAGGUGACAACUUCAAAGAGCUGUUAAACACUUAUAAUGAUGGUGAACUACCACCUAAAGAAAUAGUGGAGAAGUUAAUGACCAACACUAUUAAAGAUGAUUAUAGCUUAUUGCCUGGCCUUUAUCCUCGAGAAAAAGAGUACCACUUAAGUUCCAUAUUUGUUGAUGUAGUCAGUCCAUUAGGACGUUAUGGCACUAGAAGCACUUCAGCAUUAGCUGUAAAGUCAAAUGAGGAAGUCAGCUUUUAUGAGAAGUCUUUUGACUCGGAAAAUGAAGAGUGGAAUGAAAGAACAGUAACUUUCCAUAUCAAUAGAGGAGAAAAAUCAAACAACAGUAAGGUGACACAAGUGCAACCUUCACCGCACUUGCAGUAGGCCUUGCCAACUCCAGUGGAGACAACACUCCUAGCACAAGUGCAAGGGUUGCAACCACAGUGCUGACCGCACGAGCACUUAAUAUGGUCAUCUCCACUACUCCCACUACUUACUUUCUCUCCUGGUGUACACCUGUUUUCACAAAGAUAUAAUUAUUAUUAUAUAUAUAUAUGUUAGUUUGGUUUCUUACUUUUUGUUGUUCAAAUAGUUCUACUUUCCCAUAUAAAUUGUUAAAAUAAAAGGAGACUUGAACUGACCUGCAAGCCAGGCCACCGGGGCAUGGCACGGUACAGCCACACUUGUCGUUGCAGACUUUCAUAUUUCCCGCUGUGUCACUCAUUUUCAGGCCUCCUUGAAGAAACUUCUGGGAUGAUUCUAGCUUGGUAUUUCAUGUAUAUAUAUAUGAUGAUGAUGAUGAAGAUAAUACUGACUUGAAUUGUUGAUAUAAAUACUUCAGAGGUGGCAAUUUUUUUUCCA